AUGACUCUCCUUUACACUGGCAUUUGGCCAAACAGCGCUGCAUCCUUCUGGCUUCUGAAAUUCGGUUUCAUUUGGCUCCUUGGUCAGAACUGUUGCGCAGCAAGUGCAGUUUGGACAGCUUACAUGAACAUCUCAUUUCAUGUGGGGAACCGUAUGCUGUCAGAGCUGGGGGAAACUGGGGUCUUCGGGAGAAGUUCCAGCCUGAAGAGAGUAGCAGGAGUGGUUGUCCCGCCACAGGGGAAAACUCAAAACGCUUGUGAUCCCAACACCAAUUUCAACCGGCCACGGAACAAUGAGCAGUGGAUCGCGCUCAUUGAACGAGGAGGCUGCACUUUCACGCAGAAAAUUAAGGUGGCAUCUGAGAACGGAGCCAGAGGAGUGAUCAUCUAUAACUUCCCAGGUACUGGCAACCAGGUUUUCCCUAUGUCUCACCAGGCGUUUGAUGACACCGUUGUAGUUAUGAUUGGUAACCUGAAAGGCAUGGAAAUUUUGAAUUUGCUCCGGAAGGGAGUUCACAUUACAGUCAUGGUUGAGGUGGGGAGGAAACAUAUCAUCUGGCUCAACCACUAUUUUGUCUCUUUUAUGAUCGUCACAACGGUUACUUUGGCAUAUUUCACCUUUUAUCAUAUUCGGAGACUUUGGGUUGCAAGGAUUGAGGACAGGAGAUGGAAGCGGUUAACAAGAGAACUCAAGAAAGCUUUCGGCCAGUUACAAAUUCGAGUGUUAAAAGAGGGCGAUGAGGAAGUCCAUCCUCAUGCGGACAGCUGCGUCAUCUGCUUUGAGCCCUAUAAACCUAAUGAUACAGUUCGUGUUCUCACUUGUAACCAUUUUUUCCACAAGAACUGCAUCGACCCCUGGAUUCUAGCCCAUGGCACAUGCCCCAUGUGCAAAUGUGAUAUUCUGAAAGCUCUGGGGAUUCAAAUGGACAUUGAGGAUGGAACAGAUUCUCUGCAAGUUCUGAUGGCAAAUGAACUGCCUGGAACCUUUUUACCUGUGGAAGAAGAGACAAAUAAUGAACUUCCGCCUGCAAGAACUUCAGGAAAAGUGACCCACGUACAGGAGCAUCCUACUUCUCCAAACACUGGCAGCCAGCCUCCUGCAGCAGAGGAAACUGGUCAUCCUUCACUUGGACAGCUUGACCUUUGAGCAAGUGGAUUAAACCUGUUUGUCAAAUCAGGUCCUCACACCGACAAGCAGUUUGUCUGAAGUGCUUUUUUGUGUGCGUGUGUGUCAUUUGCUGUCUGCUCAUUUCCCAAAUUCACUGUCAAGCUUCAAAUACAGGGGAAAGAAAACCUGACAGGAUUUUAUGGCUUUUUACCUCUGCCAAUUUUAACUUUUUGUGAAUGUGUUAUUCUUCUGAGUGUGCCUGUG